AUGGUUGAUUUGCCUACAUCAGAGGUUUCUGUGCCUCCAGGUAACCCAAGUAAGGGAGGAGACCGCACCGAAGUCUCGGCUAUACAGGAGGACCCGGCCGGAAAGACUGCGACGGCACCUCAGGUCAAGAAGCCAGAAUCUGCAGCCCAAGAUUUGUCCCCCAACGCGGCAAUCGAUUUGCCGUCUCAAGUGUCAAACGAGCGUACAAGUCGGUCAACAGAACAGUCAGAGCCUGCAAUAGCUGUCGAAUCGGCGCCUGACUUACCAACCGACUCUAGCGUUUUGCCACCCUUACAGCAGACUUCAAAGGACGAGCAAUCGACGCAGAAGAAAACUUUCCUUGAGGUGCCUGAUUCAGAUUGCCUUGAUGAUAACCUGGAAUCAUCGCUACGGGAGGUAUCACAGUCCCUCGCGUCGACUCAGGACAAAGACUUUGCCGUCCAGUCUCCCACGUUGCCGCUAGCUUCUGAAACUAUCUGCAGCUCCAAGAAGAAGAAGACGAAGCAGAGGAAGAGAAAGACGAAGACAUGCAUUCCUGUUUCCGAGAAAGAGCACUCGGCUAUCGUACAGCUCUCACAGGCACCACAAGCAGAAGCCGAUGUCGUGGGAGCCGACAUUCCCAGAAGUUCGCCGCUCGCGUUCGGCAACAAAGAACCCGAGAAGCAGAAGAACAGCACCGGCAGAAUCACAGCCCCUCAGGGUCAAAUACUGACGCCUCAGAGACCUUCGUCCCGCCGCAGCAUCCUCUCCCUCCGCCCUGGAGAUGCCGAAGAAGACGAGAUCUCAUUGAUCCUCGAUUCCUGGUCUACCCCCAGGACAGGGUCCGCGUUACCCCCUCGGGUGGUGAAUUUGUCUUCCAUCCGCAAGAGUACACUGGCCAAACUCGCCGGCUCCUCGCCGCUGCGCAGUCGCGGCAGUAUCAUGUCUCCGACAGGCCUCGUGGCCAGCGGCGGCGGAGGCAGCGGGCUGCGCUUCCGCACGGCCCGGGAAGGCUUUGGCGGGAUGAGCACGCCGACGAAGAGGAAGCGGCUUGCGUCUCCAGGAAGCCAAGCGGGAUCGCUUAUUCGGACGCCUGGUGGACAGUUGCGCAGGUGCGGCGUGGAUGGUUUCAGCUGUGACAGGGACUUCUGCUUCACCUGCCUCCAAGGAUAG